UUGCUUAAGAUCAUUCACCACUCUCACUCUAAAGUCACAUAGUACUUAUUUAGCAACUCGAACAAGUUUCACAUUCUUCCUCCUUAAAUUUAUUCCUCUUCUGUCACCCAAAAGAAGAAGAAGAAGAAUUCAGUCUGCAUAAUGAGGUCGUGGCUGCUGAUGUUCUUGCUACUUCUGUCUGUUCUGAUUCAUGAUGCUCAAGGUAGAAGGUUAAUUAGUAAUAAAGGCUCCGCAGCAGCUGAAGCUGAUGAUGGGCCACAUAGCCUACAUCAGGAAAAACUUGCAGAGAUGAAGAGCAUUGAUGAGAGAGAAAGCAAGAAGUGGUCAGGAAGCAAUAGGAAACUAACUUUGAUCGAUAUUUCUAGCACUACCACCAUUGCUAAGAAUGGUGAGAUGAAAGCUGAGUUGAAAAUAGGAAGGGAAGAACAAAUUGCUUCUGUAAAUUCGUCGUCGAAAACACAGCAAGGGCAAGAGGGUUUAGACAUGGCUGAGAUGGAUUACACCUUGGCAAGAAGAAAACCGCCAAUACACAACUAAGAGUAAGACAAAAACUUUUCCAACUUAAGCAAAAAGGGUGCAGCAUUGCUGAAAUGCUGCCACUUAGGAACAUUCUGUAUAUAAUAUAUAUAGUGUAUUCUUAUGAUCCCAAUAAUUAAUUAUUAGAUUUUGUGAUGAUCAUUGUGAUCAAAUUAUAAGCACUAGCUACAUAGGAAAAAGGUUUUGUUAGCUACGCUUGCUUUUGUAAUUUAAAAUAAUUAUAAUGCGACAAGUACAGGUUGCCUAAAGCAGCUAUGCUUUCAUAAA